UAGUGUUUACGGCAGAUUGUGAGGAUCCAACGCGUCCUCUUGUGUAGCUGAUGCCAGCCCCGAGUGUCUACAGCCACCUGUGUUUAUCGUGGAUAAUUACGACUCCAUUUCUGUAAUGAUUGAAACUGUUGAUGUCAGGGGCUUCGAAGAGGACAGGAAGCCAGUGGCUUGUCAAAGCCCCCCCAUCCAUUAUUCUUAAGAAUUCUUUCCAUCUGGAUUUUGAGCUGAAGUAAUUAAUGUCUUGGAAUUAACGGCUUUGGCAGGCACUAGAGGCGUAAACAAGUUGCUAGAAGCAGUGACCACACAGCGCUCUCCGGUAAUCUCCAACGGAUCUUCCUGAACGGGGCGCCAAGGUCACCUCACACGGGAAGGUUAACCUCAGAGACAGAGAGAGAGAGGGAGACAGAGAGAGUGAGGGAGAGUCAAGAUGAGAGGAGGGAAGAGUCGGCCGCGGUAUGUGUCCAUCUUGCCCGGAGCCGACUUCCAGAGCGUGAAGGUGGAACCUGCUCCCCACACCCCCUUGUGGCUCUAUUACAAAAUGGUGUUGGGAGGAGGAAGUGAAGGGGGCCGAUAUGGGUCUGUAGGAGAAAGCAGUGGGCUAGCUGAAGAAACUCAGCACUGUGCAGCCAGCACCAGCAGGAGUGCCACCAGCAGGAGUGGAACCAGCAGGAGUGGCACUAGCAGCAGUGCCAGCAGUGUGGUGGACGAGUCUGACCACUGUCAUAUGACCCACGACGUGUAUCAGCGGCAACCUCUCUUGACCACUCAUGAUCCAUAUAUUAACACAAAUGGAGUUAGUAAAGAGGGAGUGAGUGGUGGGUUUUAUGACAGCAGUGCUAGCAAUGGGAUGGUGAAAAUCCCAAUUCCAGCACCACACAGAGAAGAACCAAGAUUUCCAAAAGAGAAGUUUAAAACAUUUCUGGCAUUCCUGUUCUUGUGUUCCAACUGGAUAUUUACUACUGCUUCAUUAGCACUUACACAUGAAAAAGUGCCUAAUUCUCCACCCCUGCCAGAUGUUACACUAGAUGCCAUCACUGCACAAGAUUGGGGCCUCAAUGUCUCCGAGAUAAUCAUAAUAAUCUCCGUUUACUUGUGUGUUAUGGUUGUAUUAUUCCACAAGCACAGAUGGAUUCUCUUCCGUCGUAUCUUCCUAAUGAUGGGUUUGCUGUAUUUUUACCGUUCUAUCACAAUGUAUGUGACGGUUCUUCCUGUUGCCAACCCUAACUACUAUUGCUCUCCAAAAGCUAAUUACACCAGCCCAUUAUUGGUAGCCAAAAGAAUGAUUCAGCUACUCUCGGGCUUCGGUUUGUCAAUCAACGGUCAACAUACGUUCUGUGGGGAUUAUAUUUAUUCUGGUCACACCGUCUGCCUUGUUUUGGCAUACCUUGUAGUAAGAGAAUAUACUCCAAGGCGGUGGUGGUUGCUGCAUUGGUGUUUUGCUCUUCUGGCAGUGACUGGCGUGGUAAUGGUGCUCCUGGCCCGGGGACACUACACUGUUGACUGUCUUAUAGCUUAUUACAUCACUACUCGACUAUUUUACAUGUACCACACUAUGGCCAAUAAUGCAAAUCUCAAGGAAGGUGGUCCAAACAACUUCUUUGAGAGGUUAUGGUGGUAUCCUCUCUUCGCACGGUUUGAACGCAACGUGCAAGGUGUUGUCCCGAGGCAUUACGAGUGGCCAUUGCCGUGGCCAAGGAGAUGGAGCAGCAAGAGCCCUCAGAGAACCUCCUAGUUAAUGACUAUACUGGCUUCUGUCAAUCAGAAAUGCAUUAAGAGUGAAACACUUAAUAUAGACACAGCCUCAUGAUAGUCAGUUUGUAUGUGCUGUUUUUUGUAUGAUUAUUUUUAACCUGAAUCCAUGGCACUUUGGAGAUUUGAAACUUGGACAACUGUGAAUGUGAUUAGUGAACUUCAGUAAAGUUGGUAAUACUACCUUCAGGAAGUGGUAUUACUAUGGUACAUAAACUUUAUUUAAUUGGAGAUAAGGCAAUUUUAAUGAACUUAAAGCACAUUAAUGAGUCAUUGCUUUUGGAACUUUAUUCAUGUGGAUGGUAUGGUUAUUGCAAGGUUUUCUUAAGAGGUUAGAAAAAAAUAUAUAUAACCUUACUCAUUGAUUAGUUGUUUUUUAAAUUUGAGAAAUUGUAUAAUUUGUUAGAAUUAAGUAUAUAUGAAUAUGAAAAGCAGAUGGAGUGCAUUUAGAAAAAGCAAUGCCAUUUGACUUGAUUAAGGUCACGUGUUACUUUCUGAUAAUGUACUAGUGUGUCACCAUCUGAAAAUAUUUUUUAACCAAUAUCCGAUGAUUUUUUAUUUAUAUAUUCAGUGCUAGAAUAACACUGGUAUUGGCCACAUAAAAUUAAUUUAAUACCAAUCAUGAUAUAUACCAUUUCAACAUUUCACAUUUUUAAAAGUAUCUGUCACCAGUUGUUACAUUCACCUUGCAGCUGCUGAAGUAAUGCAAGUGUAUUUGAUGAUGAGUGGGACUUGCCAGUCAUUCUGAGUGUAUCUUCAGAUCACAGUUUUUCGUGUUGUCCUUCUUAGUGCCAGUCCACCCGAGGUCACGGUAUACAAGAUGUAGCAUUCAUCUUUUGCAAAUUAGGUAUUUUUAGUAAUGUAAGUUGUGGUAAAAAAUUUAUUUAGAGGCAAUUUACUAGCCUUGUAUAUAAGCAACAGGAAAGGAGUCGAUAUAGAUCAAUCGUGAUUGGACAAAAAUUGCAUAAGGCAGUGUUCUCUCAAAUUGAGAGAUUUUGAUAUAAUUCUUUUUAACCAUUUUGUGUAAAUAUUCGUAUGGUAAUUUGGAUUUUUUAAGUACACAGAAUUUUAUAUAAGCAUGCACCAGUUAGGUCAUUGUACAGCAAUGAUUCUAAGUCUUUAAACAAGUUUGAAAUGUGAAAUAUUUCUGUACAGUAUAUGUAUAAUAUAUAUAUAUGUCUGUGCUUGACUAAGGCAAUUUAGUGGCUGGUGAAUAUUCCUCCUGUGUACUGUGACUGAUUUAAUGUGAUAUUGAAUACUCACUACAUCUCACCAUAUUGUGUGAUGAGCAGUGUAGGUUUUAAACAAAACCUGUGUAAGUUAUUUGGCUUGAAUAGCUUUUUUGUUUGUAUAUUUGAACAGUAAUUGUACAAAGUAUAUAUCAAGUUAAGCUUACUCUUAUGCAAGUUUGCCUUGUGGACUAUAUUUUUGGAAAAAGUGUCCAAUUUAUCUUUUCAAUAUGUAUUUGUGUGUGUGUGUGUGUGUGUGUGUGUGUGUGUGUGCGUGCAUGGGUGUGUAGGAGGGACGGGUGUUAGGGUGUGCAGAUCACACUACCCUUUAGUGGUAAGGUUGGAAUUUCCAACUUCACUAAUUGAAGCAUCUUCAUUUGACAAUAGUUAACAUACAAUACAAAUCCAGUUUCAUAUUGAAUUGUCAGGGAAUUUAAUAUUUUUUCUUUAUUUUAUAGACAAGAAUAGAUGAAUGAAGUCUUAAGUCAGGUAGUGCCUUGACAUUCUUACUUAUAGGACUUGCUAUAUUGCUUCCACAAUAUAGCAGAAAUAUAAAUAAAUUUUUCUCGGCUAUGUUUCGUGUAAACUGUUUAGAUAUGUUGGUAUUUGGAAUACUUUUUUGAAAGCAACGGUGCUACAUUUUAAAUAGGAUAAUUUUUUCACGUUUUAAUUAUUUUCCCUCGAAGCUUAUUGCCAGGGCAGGAUGAACGUACGUUUUACACAACUGAUCGCGAUUUUUGUUAUUUUGAAGUUUUAUUUAAAUAAAAAUCACACAUUUUAUUAAUAUAUAAAAAUACAGUACGUGGUAUAUUUAUAUUUUAAUAAUUACCCGAUACUGUAUAUUUAUUUUAUGUAAUUUCUGGAGUAUCUUUUAGAUGAAAUGUAAGGAUAGUGGGAGGGAUGCAAAGAUCUCCAGUCCUGCUUGUACAGGAAAGAUUAUUCUAAAUCUUGAUUACAUUAUCAGUAAUAUGGCUCCUUGUAUUCCAGCACAGUAUGUAUUGAGAAUGUGCAUAAUCAUUGUGUUGUGUAAACCUGUAACUACAUAAGUGUAGUUACAGGAUGAGAGCUACGCCCGUGGUGUCCCGUCUUCUCGGCACUCUGUCAUAUAACGCUUUGAAACUACUUACAGUUUUAGCCUCCAUCAUCAUCUUGCCUAACUUGUUCCAACCGUCUACCACUCUGUUUGCAAAAGUGAAUUGUCUUAUAUUUCUUUGGCAUCUUUGUUUAGUUA